CCAACUCCGCGUCCCCGAAGUACCGCACCAACGUCAUCACCAAUCUUCCACUUCAGCCCUUUCUCUCAUUCUUCCUCUCGACACAACACAACACAACAUAACACACUGAAUUCGCUCCCAAAAGGAGCCAACCCAUCGACAUGAUGGCCUCCACCGUCAAAGCAGUCACCAAAGACUCCUCCCCCCUCUCCUUCAUGACCCGCCUCUCCCAACACGUCUACCUCUACCGACCCUCCUCCUCCACCACCUUGUCUCCAACAACAACAACCACCACCACCACCACCACCACACCCGGCAACCGUUCACCACCAAAACUCAUCCUCCUCUGCUCCUGGAUGGGUGCCCGCGACCCCCACAUCGCCAAAUACAUCACGCCCUACCAGGCUCUAUUCCCCACCACCCCCAUCCUCCUCAUCAAAUCCGAGAUGCAGCACGUCUUCCAGCCCAAGAGCUCCUGGCCCGACAUGCAAGUCACCGUGCCCGUCCUGCGAGAGAUUUUCGGUUCCGAAAUGCUCCAACCUGGUUCCGACAGUUUUGGCUCUUCCACCACCGGUCUCACUUCCUCAUCUCCAUCAACACCACUUAACGAUGAAGAAGACCAACCCACCCUCCUAAUCCACCUCUUCUCCAACGGCGGUUCCGCCCAGCUUCUAUCUCUGCACCACUACCUCCUCCAGUCCGAGUCCCGUCUCCGUCUCCCACCACAUCUAACGAUCUUCGACUCCGCCCCAGGCCAAAUAGCUUACUUCCCCACUUACCGCGCCCUCUCGCACGUUCUUCUCCCGCCUGCUUCCCGCGCUGGGUUCUCUUCUCUCUGGGAUACCCUCCGCCGUCUGAUCAUUUCCCCCUUACUUCACAUGUGGGUCUCCCUCCUCUGGACGAGCAACUUCCUUUCCCAUCUGCUUCACCUACGCUUUCUGGAAUCUCCGCUGGAACGGGCAGCAAGGGAGCAGAAUGAUAGGACGCCUGGAAAGGGGAGGGCGGAAAGGGAAAGGGGACGGAUGUAUAUCUAUAGUGAGGAGGAUGAGUUGGUGGGUUAUAGAGAUGUAGAGGCGCAUAUGGAGGAUGCACAAAAGGGACGGGUGGGAAAGGGGAAGGUGAGGGGGGAGAAGUUUGCGGGGACGGGACAUGUUGGGCAUGCGAGGGGGGAGGAGAAUGCGGGGAGGUAUUGGAGCUGUGUGAGAGGGUUUUGGGAGGGCGAGAGGUGGAUGUAAGGCUCAAAUGGGAGGUUGAUGGAGGGUGAAAAAUAGGUAACCCUUUGAUUUGCGGUCUCCUGGUACCUGAUGAUAUGGCUGCUCCUGGUUUGAAGAUCAAGACGGGAGGAUAGAACCGAACUAACCAGAAUUCAAGGUAAUCAACCACCACAAGAUGUCCAUUACAGGACGUAAUCAAUGAAAUUGACGAGACCUAAAAUGCAAAUGCCGGUUAUCGUACCAUGGACGUCCACUAAGCUCG